AGUUAAUCCGAAUAUAUUAUGUUUAUUAUUAUAUGUGUUUAUUAAUUUAUCAUAUGUAAUAAAUUUGAAUUAUUAAUCUUAUUGUUAUUAUUAUACUGUAAUAAUUUUGUGCUCAAAACUGCUUAAUGUAUCUUUUUUUAUCUACUAUUAAAUUUAAGUCUCGCUUAUUAUUGGCAAUUUUGGUAUUCUUAGUUAUUGCACCUUUAAUCGGUCAUUAUUAUCUUUCUAAGGUAAAUAUUAAUUAUUCAAUUAGAAUAUGCAACACCGAUAAUAAAUUUAGUCAUACAUUUUAGGAAGAGAAAGAUGGGUUUGAAAAUUCUUAUAAUACACAUUCGAAACUUGAAAUAUAUGAAGACUACAGUGUUCUUCGAGCAACUGACUUGAAGUAUAGAAUAGCCGAAUUAGUUAGAAUAAAAAGUAUCGAGGAUAGUAUAAUUUUGAAAUAUACCUUUUGUCUAUAAUAGAAUGAUUCUUUUUAGAUUCUGUGAACAAUGAGCUAAGGAAUAUUGAAGCAAAACGACAGAAACUUCUUAGUGAACUUGCUAUUAACAAUCAAAAAAUUGAAGAUGUUAAAGCAGAAUUUGUGCGACAACAAACGGAAUUAGAAAAACUUAAAAUUUCUGUUAAACAAGUAAAUUUAAUAUAUUCAGCUUCUAAAUAACUUGACUAAUUAAAUUAAUUCAAUUACAUUGUUAUUUUUAGGCUCAAGUUGCAGAAAAUGAAGCUGUUAUACAAAACUCACCCCGCCUUGCCCCACCAACAAUUAUAUUGCCACAAAAUCCUCCAAACUUUAUCCCAAUGUCUGCAAACCAUCUAACUAAAUGUCGUAAUAUGAAAAAUUGUUUCGAUUAUUCUCGUUGCUCAUUGACAUCAGGAUUUCCAUUUUACUUUUAUCAUUCUGAAGAAUUUCCUGAAUUAGUAUCGACAUCAUUAAAUAAAAUUGUCUUUCAAGUUUUACGGUAUAAUCCACAUUUCACUAAUAGUUCAAAUAGUGCGUGUGUCUAUGUAGCUUUAAUUGGUGAAACUCAUAAUUCCAUUAAUACAACUCAAUUAGAACAACUACCAUUUUGGGGUGGUAAUGGUAGAAAUCAUAUAUUAUUUUAUUUAAGUAAAAAUAUGCACGAUAAACCAUAUUUUGAUCAUAAUAUUAAUUUUGGACAUGCCAUACUUGCUCAAUCGUUCUGGAAUGAAAGUAAUUUCCGUCCAGGUCAUGAUAUUUUGUUACCAGCUAGUUAUGGACCUCCAGGUGGAGAAAUUUGGAUGGAUUCACCAUACAUGUUACCAGCGAGAAGAAAAUAUCUAUUAAGCUUUGAAGGAUACAAAACUGUUAACUCAUCGGAAGACCACAAAAACUUUGGUAAUUUACUUAAUAAUCACAAAGUUGAAAAUAUAAUAUUUAGUUAUUAUAAAUAAAAAAUUUAUUUUUUUUAUUUUUUAGUUGAAUUGAUACACAAAUAUAUCACAGUAACCACUGUUGAUCAGUUUUACAUAAAAAUUGAUUGUGAUAAUCAAAGAGUUGAAAGCAAUAUAAUUGAUUGGGGUUUAUGUGGUGAUGAAAGUAAACGUAAAGUUUUUAUGGUACAAUCAACUUUUACAUUGGUUCCAGCACCUCUAGAUGUUAAUUUAAUAUCAACUACAAUGAUGCAAAUCCGUAUUUUUGAAUCAUUGAAAUUUGGUGCGAUUCCUGUAUUUUUAGAAUACGAUAGAAUUGGAUUACCUUUUAAUGAAGUAAAAUUAUUUGUACUAUACUAAUUGUUUAAAUUAUGAACACAAUUUUUUAAAAAUAUAUUAUAGGUUAUUGAUUGGUGUAGAGCUGCUAUAUGUGUAGCUGGAGAAAGAAUUACAGAACUUCAUUGGUUAUUGAGAACUAUACCUGAUAAUGAUAUUUUGUUGAUGAGACGGCAAGGUAAAAUGUUGUAUGAAAAAUAUUUUGGAACUAUUCAAGCUAUUUUGGAUACAACCCUUGCAAUUAUACGCGACAGGAUUGGUAUACCACCUUUGCCUGUGAUAGAUACACCAUCACCUAGUAUAUUUAAUGAAAACUUCAAAGUGAGUUUGCUGUAUAUAAUAUAUUUGGAAGAUUUUAUAAUUUAUUUAUUUUUUAGCCAAUUAAAAUGAAUCCAAUUAUACCUGAUGCUGAACCGGAAGAAAGUUUAGGUCCACUGGAGCCACCUUUUAAAUCUCCAGUUUUCAAAAGAAACCAUACAAUUAUGAAAGUUCAAGGCUAUGAAUUAUGGAACAAUUGGGGAGACCCAUUUAAACUUUACCCUCAUACACCAUUUGAUCCACUGCUUCCAUCAGAUGCAAAAUUUAUCGGUUAGUGAAAUUUUUACACACAUAUCAAUUAGUUUAAUUAGUUACAUUAUAAUACUUAAUAAAAAAAUUUACAAUAAUUUUUUUUACCUAGGUUCUAGUAAAGGUUUCAGACCUAUAAACAAUGGAGCAGGUGGAGCAGGAAAAGAAUUUUGUCAAAGUCUUGGCGGAAACUCACCAAAAGAACAAUUCACUAUAGUGGUACUCACAUAUGAACGUGAUCAAGUAAUAUUUUAUAACACAUGAUGACAUAUACAUAAAAAUAAUUUGGUUUUUCUAAUAUUUAAAAUUUAUUUUUAUUUAUAAGGUACUUAUGAAUUCACUUAGUAGGUUAAAUGGUUUGCCUUAUUUAAAUAAAGUUCUUGUUGUGUGGAACUCUCCUAAGCCGCCUCUCGAAGAUUUACGUUGGCCUGAAAUUGGUGUGCCUAUACAUGUUUGUAUAUAGAUAAUUAUUUUAUAAAACUUUAUAAUUUACUUUUUUUGAAUUUUGUUUAAUCAGGUUAUUCAGGCAGUGAAAAAUAGCCUUAAUAAUAGAUUUUUGCCCUAUGAAGCAAUUGAAACUGAAGCUGUUUUAUCAGUUGAUGAUGAUGCUCAUUUAAGACAUGAUGAAAUUAUGUUUGGAUUCAGGUAACUCUAAUAUAUAAGUGAUUUAUAUAAAUAAAUAAUACUUGUAUAUUAUUAAGGGUUUGGAGAGAACAACGUGAUAGAGUUGUAGGUUUUCCGGGACGUUUUCAUGCACUAGAUCUUAAUCAUGGCGGUUGGCUUUAUAAUUCAAACUACAGUUGUGAAUUAUCCAUGGUGUUAACAGGCGCUGCAUUUGUGCAUAAAUAUUAUUUAUAUUUAUAUUCUUAUUGGUUGCCUCAGGCGAUCAGAGACAAAGUAGACCAAUAUAUGAACUGUGAGGAUAUUGCAAUGAAUUUUUUAGUGUCUCAUAUCACCAACAAGCCUCCUGUUAAGGUAAUUAUGUUUUUAAUAAAAUAUGUUUUUAAAAUAACAUUAUUAUAUGUAUAUUUUUCAAACUUAGGUAACCUCGAGGUGGACUUUCCGUUGCCCAGGAUGUCCAGUAUCAUUAUCUGAAGAUGAAACACAUUUCUUAGAACGUCACAAAUGUAUAAACUUUUUUACAGAGGUAAUUGUGUUUUUUUCCAUUUGAUAAAUUAAUGAAAGAUCUGAUAAAUAACCAUAUGUGUUCUAAUUUUACAUUUGUUUUAGAUUUUUGGGUAUACACCUCUCCUAAAUACACAAUUUCGAGUGGAUUCUAUUCUUUUUAAAACACGGAUACCACAUGACAAACAAAAAUGUUUUAAAUUUAUUUGAUUAUUAAACAAGGAUAUGGACUGUGAAAUCCAUAUUCUGCAGUAAUCGUAUGUGUUUAUGUGAACUAACAAGACUGAUCAUUUUUAAUCUGACUCACAAUUAGUGGUGCAACCAAGGGGGAAUUUUGGUUGUCUGAACAUUUCCUUAUAUCUGUGUUUAACAGUGCUCGAAUUAAUACAAAAAAAAGAAGGGGGGCUAUAAAAUUAUUAAUAUAUUAAUAUAAAAUUAGGGUCUCUUGAAUUGUUGAACUCAACCCAACCGUGAGAGACUAAGCCUUCCACUCCUCCCACACCAAUUUUCAAACAUAAUUCAGUAAUUCAUAAUUUCCAAAAAACAAACACUACUUAUUGCGGGCUAACUUUUACUUACAUAGUACCUAUUAUGAUAAAUAUUAUUUAUUUUAGAUUCUAAUAUGAUGGUUACUACUAUGAUUCUAUUAUGAUGACGUGUGUUCUUUUUCUGUAUGUGAACAACUUUUCUACCAGAAAUUUUGCUCCAAUUAUCAAUUUUAUACGUGAUGAUUCCUAGUAAAAAUUGUUGUCUGGUUAGUACAAUAAAGUUAUUUUUUGGUUUUCUUUAUAGUAUUCUUAAUUAUGAGGAACCCCUAAAAAAAAUGAGGAAACUUGUAACUGUUACAUUUACUGCUUCUGUUUUAUUCUAUUUUGUUUAUUCAAUGAAAAGUAAUCGUAGAGGUCAGAAAUUUCACUGAAUAAUUUUAUAGGUACAGUCUCUUAUAUACAGCUCUUUCCAGAUAUGGUACCUUGUAUCCUCUACUACAUCCCAAGUUCCACUUCAAACAAAUAGUAAAGAUACACUUACAUUUCUGAAAAAUUAGUUGAGGUACUCCGUUCCCCUGUGUCCCCCUCAAUUCAAGCACUGGUUUAACUAAUAUAAAUGUGUUAAAAAACUUGUUUUUUAAAUUUAAUGUCGACUUGUGACACCCCCACCCCCCUCAAAAAAAUCCUGGCUGUGCUACUGCUUCCAAUAUUAGAAUAUUAACUAUUAUACAAAAAUAUGAUUUACACAAUAGAUAUAUUAAUAUCAGAAUAGAUGCAGCAGGAUGUAAGUAUAUACUGUACACUGUAGAGAAAUGGUUUUCAACCUGGUGGUCUUAAGUGAUAGUUUGGGUGGAGAUCACCAAAAUUAUGAAAAGUUAUCUUUGUUGAUAUAAUGGUAGUAUCAAGUGUAUUAUUUUUAAAGGAUGAUAAAGUAACAAAUUUUACUUGUUUGUUUCAAGACAAAAAACUUAUAAAUUCAUAAUCUUAUCGAACAAAAUGACAAAGUACCCAAUAUUAUUAACUGUAAUUGUUUUAUUUUUUACAUGUAUGUUUAAUAUUUAAGUAAAAUCUAAUAUUAUAACAAAUUAUUUAUUUUCAAACCAAUAACUUAAAUGUUUAUCAAACAAAUACUGUAAAUUGUAGUUAUUACCAAUAAUUAUUUAAAUAAAAACUUAAGUUAUAUAUUGUUCAACUUAAAACCAUAAGUAUUAUAUAACUGUAUAUAAUAAUAGAAAAAUGUAUUCAAGUUAUAUUAAUCAUGUUUGAAGAAGUCACAUUAUAUAAAAAAAAAUUAUGGAUCAUAAUUUGUAAAAGGUUGAAAACCACUGCUGUAAAGUGUUGCUUAGUUACGAUGCCAUAACAAUUAGUAUGAUCUUUUACAGUUUUGUUUUUAACCAAUUUAAUGUUUGUGUAUAACUUUAAUGUGUUUAAAUAAAUUAAACUUAUUUAUUUAUUAUUAUAAAAUAACUACUGAAAUAAUAUUAUACUGUACUAUAUAAUAUAAAAUAAAAGUUAUG